AUGAUUUUUGAGUCGGACUCUGCACUCAGGAACUUGGAACGUCUACUCCGGAAGACGAUUGAUUUGAAGACUCUUCUGAGCGGCAAAAGUGUAUUAGAAUGCACCAUAACGGCCUCGAAACUUUUUAUGGAGAACAAUGAGGGAUCAUUUACAACAGGCAAUGUUUCGAAGGAGUACAUGGACUUGUACAUACUGGUGAAAAAUAAAGUCACAGAGUUAUAUGACAACAUAAAUCAAAUGAAAUACGAAUAUCAGAAGCAUCCCCAUCUCACGAUGAUAUGUGCUCUUCCCAAAUAUAAAAGCUUGGUCAAUGGCUUUCACUCAGCUCUCGAAGAGAUUGGUCACUUCUUGAAGGUGCAGGAUUUGAUAAAUCACGGCAUCAAUUCCAAGCCACCCACUACUCAUGCAAAACAGCUGAAACGCUCGGUGCGGAGUGUUAAUCGAGGGGAGCCUCAUGCCCGCAUACCUGCACAGCCUCGACCACCUAGUCGAGUUGAUAAAAGGAUUAAGUAUGCUCAAAAACCCCAAAAUACCCGCUCUAGAAGAAACCAGAGGCCACAUAGCCUUGAUCUUGUCCGCCAAAAUAUGGAUACAUGCAUCUACAACCGACAAAAGAGAGGUUCAUGCCGAAACUGUGGACUAUACAACCACUGGGAGAGUGAGUGCAGCCAUUGCUGUGGAAGGUGCUCGAGAGAUAAUCAUACUGUCUCGUUUUGUUGGAAGACGCCUUCCUGCUAUACUUGGAAUGCGGCUACAGCAAAAGCUACAGAUACGAUGUCCACCAAUAACCCCAACUGGAAGGAGUUCAUUAACGUAAUUCCCGGUCGGUUCGUGAAUCCCGGUCGGUUCGUAAACCUCCAAAAAUUCCGAACGCGCCAGCCACCACGAACUUCAACCGACCACCAUGCCACGAAAAGCGCGUAA